UAGGAUUUCAUCUACACUAUUCAACAUAGCACAGCUGGGGGAGAUCUCAUGUAUCCUAGUACUUAGCUUUUCUGCUACCUGCAAAAUUCUCAUUCAAAAGCUUUUCACACAAACAUUUGAAUCCUUCAGCUUCCACAGCUUCUUCCACAGAGAGGGACUCCUUUCCCCAACAGAAUCAUUUUUGACAUUACUAGAAAAUUAUUGACUUGCUCAAACUGAGACUUUUCCAAUUAUAUCUGGAAGCCAAAGGAGUUUUACAUUGAUUUCCUUGUAGUAGUGCUAUUUUCCCACAAGGGGCAGUUUUAGAUAUUUCCUACAUAAGGGAUCGACAUUAGUCACUUCACUUCUAAAGAGUUUAGUUGAUAGCAAGCAUUAGCAAUGUCAACCCAGUAUAGUCUACUACUCUGUGUUCUUAAUAUACUUGUAUUUGCAGUUCUGGAGAUCACAGGAACUAAUAAAAUUCCUGGGCUUAUCGCGUUCGGAGACUCCACAGUUGAUGCGGGCAAUAACAAUCAAGUUUUAACCUUGAUAAAGGCUAACUUCCCACCAUAUGGACAAGAUUUCGAAGGUGGGAAACCCACUGGGCGGUUCUGCAAUGGGCGGUUGCCUACCGAUUUCCUGUCAGAGAUGUUAGGGAUUAAACGUUCCAUACCUGCAUAUCUGGAUCCAGCAUUUGGUAUUGAAGAUUUUGCUACCGGAGUUACCUUUGCUUCAUCUGGAACUGGUUUUGAUGUUGCUACUUCAACAAUAUUAGCUGUGAUACCUCUAUCCAAAGAAUUGGAUUACUUCAAAGAGUACCUGGAAAAGUUAACGUCCUUUCUUGGAAAUGAUACUGCAGCAGAGACAGCAAGAGAAUCAUUGUACAUUAUCAGCAUCGGGACGAACGAUUUCGUCCUGAAUUACUUCACUGUGCCCGGACGGUCAUUUCAGUUUACAGUAGAUGAAUACCAGGAUUUUCUCCUUGGUACCGCAAGAAAUUUUCUUAUCGAGCUUCACAGUUUGGGUGCUAGAAAAAUAGUAAUUGUCGGGCUUCCUCCUAAUGAUUGCCUACCAAUAGUAAAAACUUUGGAUCUUGUUCCUGUCAGACCGAGUUUGGAAGAGAUAAAAAAAGCUAGUAUAGACUAUAAUGUCAAGUUACAAAAUCUGGUGUGGAGUUUGAGUAUAGAGCUUGAGGGGAUCAAACUGGUGUACGCAGAUAUCUAUAAUCCUCUUCUACAUAUCAUUCAAAAUCCAAAUCUAUACGGAUUUGAAAACGCAGAGGAAGGAUGUUGUGCAACAGGAACAGUUGAGUUUGGGUUUCCAUGCAUAGCAGGAAAUGCAUUAUCUUGCCCCGAUCCAGGCAAAUAUGUAUUUUUUGAUGCAGUACACCCAACUGAAAAGGUUUAUGGCAUAUUAGCCAAUACACUGAUAAAUACGACCAUAUCUCAAUUAAUUAAGUGACUACUAGCUAACAACGGAGAGGGUUAAGAAACAUAUCCGAAGAACACAUCCAUAUAAAAACCAAUCUGUAAAUGUAAUAGUAUCUGUGCACUGCAAUAAAAACUCUUGGAUACACAAUAUCUAUUGUUGGGUCAGAACUAAUUUGUUAAUUA